AUGUUCAUAGAAAGUAAUCGAGUUUAUCGAGGUACAACUCGUGGACGUCCUCGUGGUCGAGGUCGACCACCAUUAUAUGGUGGUCGAGCUGGACGUGGUUCUCAUUAUGGUCAGCCACCACGUGGUGUUAAUCAUUUAACAACAGGUUCAUUUCAAUCACAUCAACGUUUAAUUCAACCAAAAUUAGAAUCACCUAAAUUAAAUGAACAACAACAACAACCGGUUAGAAAUAAGCGUAAACCAGUUAAAGUUAAAUCAGUAACAGUAACAACAACAGAAGAAAAACCAAAACGACCAGGAAAAGUUUUACGUAGUGGAAGAAUAUCAAGAAAACCACGACGAGAUUCAGAAACUGAUUUUGGUUCAGAUAAUUCAGAUGAUAGUGGAGCUAAAGAUAAAGAAACUGGUUCAGAUGAUGAUGAAGAAUUUGAUUUAACACAACUUGGUCUUGGUUUUGGUAAUACAUCAACUCUAGUAACAAAAACACGUGAUGGUUCAUCAUCAUCAAAUGAUUCAUUAGCUACAACAAAUCUUCCAUUAACUAAUUUUGCUGCAUUUGCACAAAGUCAAUUAUUAGCAACAAAUUUAGCUAAUGGAUUAUUAAAAACUAAUGAAGAAUUAAGUAAUGAUUCAGAUUUUAGUAUAGAUGGUUUUGAAACAGAUGAAUCGGAUGAUAUACUUAGUCAGAAAACAAAAAUUAACAGUGAAAAUAUGGAUGAUGAAGAUCUUGAUGAUUUUACAUAUAGUCAAACAAUGUUAUCAGUUAUUAAGAGUAUGCAACCAAAUCAUGUUAAAAUUGAUCUUGAUCUUGUACCACGAAAUAAAAAUAUUAAUAGUAAUAAAGACGAUAUUCUUCCAUCCGAAGGUCAUCUUCAUUAUGAAAAUUAUUAUCAAACAAAUCCACUUGCAACAAGAAAACAAAUGUUAUUAAAUGAACGUGAUCGACGUGCACAUUUAGCACGUAAAUUUAGUAUAAAUCAUUCACCAUCAUUUUCAUGGUAUUCUUCAUCAUUAUCAAUAACAUCAAAUUAUACAUUAAAAAAUCUAUCUGAUAUUAUACGUAUAACAUUAGUCUAUUUUGAAAAUACAAUACCAUUACCAUUUAUGCAUUCAUAUUGGAAAGUUUAUCGAUAUAAAUGGGCUAAACAAUUACUUGAUUUUAAUGAAAAUUUAUCAUUAUCAAAAUUAAUUUAUCUUUUAUUACAAUUUGAAACUUGUAUUAAAACAGUUUCAUAUUUUGAUUUAUUUACAGAUCAAGUUGGUUAUUUAAAAUUUCGUCGUGAAACAGAAAAAGAACGUGAUGAAGCUAAAAAAGAAGAAAAAGAUGCAUUUAUAAGACGAAAAAUUGAUGCUGAUUCAAUUAUACAAAAUGUACAUUUUACACGACCAUUAAAACAUAGUGUACAUAAACAACGUGGUGAAGAAUAUCGUUUAGCUGGUGGUCAAGGAUGGACAUUUAUACGUUCUACACGUCGUAAAAUAAUAAUAAAUAAUAAUAAUAAAACAUUUGAUAUUAAUACAUUAUUAAUACGUCGUGAAAAUAUGUCUAAUGCUAUAUUAAAUGAACGUAAUCGUAUAAUUAAUUUAAUUGAAAAUAAACUUAAAAAUGAUUUAGGAAAUGAUAUUAAUAUUGAUAAUGAAUUAAAAAAUUUAUUAUUAACAGCUAAAGAUGAUAAUGAUGAUUUAAUUGAUGAUUUAACAUUUAUUAAUUAUAAAAAAAUUGAUUAUAAUGGUAUAUCUUAUCGAUAUCCAAUUAUAUUAGAUGAUACACGUCGAUCAUUUCAUUUAACAGCUGCAACAACAUUAAUAAAUGAAAAAAAAUUUUCAAUUAAUACAAAUCAAUUACCAAUACCAUGGACAUUUACAUUUAAUAAACAAAUAUUACCAAAUAUAUUUAUUCUUCCAUCUUAUUUACUUCGACGUCUUGCACGAGCAUCAAUAUCAUUAACUGAUAUACCAGGUUUUAUUAAUUCACGUUUAAGUGGUAUUGGUACAAGAUUUGGUUGGCCAUAUCCAUGUGGUAGACCAUCAGUUCGAACAGCAUGGUGUUAUAAAGUACAAACAAGUACUUCUUUAUUUGCAAUUGCACAUCAUAUCAAAUAUUUAUGGAAUUGUAUAAGAUGGGAUCUUCUAACCGAAAAACUUUCCAAUAUUGAUGAAUCAUCAAUAACAACACAUAUUGAUAAUGAUGGUAUAACAACAACAAUACAAGUUUUAGCUAAACGUGAUUCAGGUCCAUAUAAUUCUUAUUGUGAAUAUUUUGUACGUAAAACAAUUCAUCCACAAACAAAUGAAACAUCAAAUUUUAAUAUACCUAUAUCAAAAUCACGUAGUCGUGCUGUACCACAUCCAUCAUCAAUAUUAACAUCAAAUCGUUUAAUAUUAACUGAACAAUGGUUACCUGAAAGACAACUUCAACCAAAUCAAAUAAAAUAUUAUUAUCAAUGUUUACAAGAAAAAAAUUUUAAACGUUUACAUAAAAAAACAAAUGAUGAUAGAAAAAAACAUCAAAAAAAGAAAACAACAAUUAUAAAUAAUAAUAAUACAAUUCAACAACAACAACCAGCUAGACCAUUUAUUGUUCGUAUACCACAUUUACAACCAAAAUCAACAUUAAAUACUGAAAGUGGAAAAGUUGUUAUUGUUAAAACAACUAGUGAAUCAUCAUCAACAAAUCUUCCAAUACAACAAAAAUCAUUUUCAGUUGUUAAAUUAGCUGAUGGACAAAUUAUUCUUGUUCCAACAAUUCAACAAAAUGAUAAUGGAAUUUCAAAAAUAAUUAAAGCAUCAUCAUCAUCACCACCAAAAUCUCAAACACAAACAAUUUCAAUUAGUCCACAAGAACGUCGUUUACGUCCAAUAGCACCAGCUCCUAUAACAACAAUUCAAACAUCAAAUGAAUUAUUACAUUGUCUUCUUGCUCAACAACAACAACAACAACUUCUUCAACAACAACAACAAUUAGAGACAAAUGUACAUUUUGAACAACCAACAACAAAUGAAGAUACUCCAUUAACAACUAUUUGUGAAACAAUUACAAUUGAUACAAAUGGUUCAACAAUAAAACCUAAAUUUGAAUCAACACCUAUUGUUAUACAAAAAACGAAAAAUCUUCGUAAAACAAUACCAAUACCAUCAAUAGUUGAUGAUAAAAAAAUAAAAAUUGAUCUUGAAGAAGGCAUUCGAAUGAAAAUAUGUGAAGCUGUUCUUCGUUCAAUAAUUACUAAAAUUGAACGUGAACAAAAUCAAGAAUCUAUGAAAAAACGUCUUAAAAAUACAAAUACAAUAGUAUCAAUAUCUAAUCAUCGUCAAAUAAAUUUAACACGUUUAUUAAAUGAACGUGUUGAUAGUCUUCGAAAAGAUUUUAUUUCUUAUCGUCUCAAUCGAAAAACAGCAUUAGUUAAAGAACAAGUGCAAACACAACGUCUUAAACAACAACAAAUGAUACUUAAACAACAGCAACAACAACAACAACAAACAACAGUUGUUAAACAAAUAGAAUCAAAUUUAGAUGAUAAUAAAGAAAAAACUAUUGAUAUUCUAACAACACCUACAAUUAAAAAACAGAGAAAAAGUACCGGAAAUGAAAAUAAAACUAAACGAAAAGAAACAUCAAAAUUAUCUGAACAAAAAAUUAAAAAAACAUCAACUAAACGAACACGUCCACUUCCAUCAACGAAAACUUCCGAUAAUGAUCAACAACCUGUAUCAAAAAAAGCUCGUCGUUCACAUCUAAAUGUAUCAAUUGAAAAAAAAGAAUCAUUUAAUAAUGAUGAAAAUCAUCUUAAAAAUUCUAAAUCUUGUUCAUCCAUCUCAUCACCAUCAUCAUCAUCAACAAUAGUUAAAAUGAAAUCUACUGAAAAAUCAAAAAAAAUUAUAACAAUAAAAAAUUCAUCGAAUAAAAAAGAAAAAACUGAAAUUAAUCUCUCAGAUAUUAAUUGUAGUUGUCAACAAACGAAUUUACCAGAAAAAUUUUUUAUACAAUGUGAAUUAUGUUCACGAUGGUUACAUGGUACAUGUGUUGGUUUAACACCACGUCUUGCUGAAAAAUUAAAAGAAUUUAUAUGUCAAGAUUGUACAUAUUUAACACAAAAAGCUAAAGAACGUUUAUAUUGUAUUUGUCAAACACCAUAUGAUGAAUCAAAAUUUUAUAUUGGUUGUGAUGUUUGUGCUGAUUGGUUACAUGGUUCUUGUGUUAAUAUAACACCAGAAGAUGCCGAUAAAUUUGAAGUUUAUGUUUGUCCAAGAUGUUCAACAAAGAAAAAACAAGAAUUUCUUAAUAAAUCAAUAAAUAAUGAAAUGCAAAAAGAUUUAUUAAAUCUUACUGAUCAAUUAUUAGCACAUAAAAUGGCUUGGCCAUUUCAAAAACCCGUAGAUAUUAAAGAUGUACCUAAUUAUUAUACAAUUAUAAAAGAUCCUAUGGAUUUAACAACAUUAAAAACGAAAGUAAUGAAUAGUAAAUUGAAAACUGUAUGUGAUUAUAUACGAGAUGUUAAUAAAAUCUUUAACAAUUGUCGACAAUUUAAUUCAAUUAAUUCAACAUUUUCUCAAUGUGCUAAUGUUGUUGAUAAUUAUUUUCGUCAAUUAUUAGAAAAUUUGAUGAUUAAAGACGAUAAUUAA